AAUAUUGAAUAUUUUGUGGAGAGUGGCUAGAGCUGCUGCACAGGGCUGCCGCACAUUGAAGAUUCGCCUAUCGAUUUUUCGAUCACACGUCCGCAUUCCGCAUUUCUAGUGUCUGAAAAAAUAGUUCGCUGCGCGACCAAAACACGUUUUUAGCCAGAUAUUUCACAAUAAAGUUGUUAUCUACUUCUGGAGCGUUGCGUUUAGCAUUUUCUCGCUGUAAUUGGCAUUGCAACAGUAUAGUUGGCAUCUGAAGUAUAUUGAAUUUCACAAGGCUUUCAAGGCUGAUUUCAUUGGAAUUACGUAAUCGGUGGAUGUUUGGUAUCUACUUGUAACGCACACACACACAUGUACGCACGUGCAUGGUGAAAACGACGCGUGUGGGAGUGAGAAGCGUUGCCAGAUAUUUUUGUGGCAAGAAACGAUAAAGGAAAAUGCCGCGAAUAGUACCAUUACAGCUUUUAAGGUGCCUUAGGGUGCUGUUGGACAACAAUGGCGGAAUUUUAAGUUCUCAGGAAGUCAAACGGAUAUCGGGAUUGAUGGCGAAGUAUUCAAAAAAGUUGGUUUCCAAAUGCGUUUACGUACAGAUUUUGAAGUCGACAAAGACCGAAUUGCUGGGCGAUUUCAUGGCCGUGGGCGGGUGGUCCCUCGUUUACACUUGGCUCAACGACGCCAUCAGAGCGAUGAACUGGCCUCUGGUGCAAGAGAUUCUGGAGCUGCUGCUCCUUUCCCCGGUGGAUGUGCAUCGCCUGAAGAUCAACUCUGCUCCUAUUUUGGUCAAAGGCCUAUGCAAGGAUGGUGGCAAUGAAGGUGUACGCAUUUUGGCCAAGCGGCUGGUCGAGCAGUGGCUAAAGAUCGUUACGGAGAAUGCCACCGGAGGGUCCCUAACGAUGGCUCAGCCCCAAACCACAUCUGCAAUGGCUUCGGCUCCUGGCGCAGCUUCUGUUCCGGACACCUCCAGUAGUGCAGUCUCCCUUCCCGACUCGGCGUCCUCCUCCGACAGCACAGACAGUACGGGAGCCCCGGUCACCUACACCAUCACUUCGGGGCAAAACAGCAGCAAAUCGAACAGCAUAACCAUCAAAUGGUCAUCUCUGGACAAACCGGAUGAGGAUUCUAACGCCAGCAGCGAGAGGGAUGGAAAGACGGACAGCUAUGAUGCAUCAGACGCAGCACAGAGUCCAAAGACUGGUGCUGGCCUGGGGAAGAAGUCGAAUUCCAAUUUAGAUGAUAGUAGUUCAGCGGCGGAUGCCAAGUCUGGGGAAGAGGUUGAUAAUAAGAAGAACAAGAGCGACAAGAGUAAACGGUCCGAGAAGGAGCGCGGGAAAGAUAAAAAGAAGGAGAGCUCCUCCAGCCACAGGUCUUCCUCUUCUAGCCAUAAGUCUUCUUCGUCAUCGUCGUCGUCCUCUUCCUCUUCGAAGAGCUCCUCUAAGAGCUCUUCCUCUUCAUCCUCCUCAUCCCAUCGCAGUUCCAGCGAUAAGUACAGAGACAAGGACAAGUCUCGCUCCGGUUCGAGCUCCAGUUCGAGCAAGGACAAGGAGCGCAGCAGUUCCUCCUCAAAUAGGCACAAAUCCUCCAAGUCCUCUUCAUCCUCGUCGUCGUCCUCCUCCUCUUCGUCUAUGUCGAGCUCCAGCUCCAAAGACCGCAAGGAUAAGUCGUCCUCAAGUUCUUUAUCGUCAUCCUCGAAGCAGGAAAAAGACAAGGACAAUAAGCUGAUGCCGCCACCAGCGGCGGCUCCAGCUUCUUCGACAAAAGAAAGCGAAGCUCAAAAGCCCAGAUCCAUACCUAUCAUGUCAAGAAAGGCCUCCAUUUCCAUUGAGAUCCGGAGAGAUACGGAGAAGAAUGCUUCGGUUAAGACCUACCAGUCUAAGUUCCGAUCGCAUGGCUUGACAGAAGAGGCGCCGCCUCCUCCGUCCAGAAAGGGUCUGAAAAAGCCCACUUCGGCAGCUCCCACGCCUUCGGCUUUGGUGGUGGUGCCAGCCGUGAAACGACCAUCGCCACCGCCGAGGGACUCGCCCACGGAGAAGAAGCCGAAGAUCGACAUCAACAACGUGGCCGGUCAUGUGGAGCGGCCCGGCGCCGCCAAGCUGAUAGCGCCCAAAAAGAUACAAACCCUGGUGGAAACCAAUCUCUUCUCGGACGCCCUUGCCGCUUCGAUCGAACCCAAGAAGGUGGUGAAGCGCAAGAGAACGACUGCAACUUCGCCCACAGACAAGGAUGCGCCACUGGCACCGCUCAAAUUCUACCAGGACACGUUGGACGAGUCCAAGGGCGAGGAGAAGUCCGAUGACAGUGCCAAGGAGAAUGACGACCUCCCAGGAUCCCCCAGCAAGGACACGGAUGCCGACGACGAUGAUAUUCCCCUGAAGCGGGUGAAGGAGGACAUCGAGCAGAAGGUGCAGAAGGAAAAAGCAGCGGCUGGAGGAGAGUCUGCAGAGGCUGACAGUGCCACAGCGGCGGUCGAAGAGACUCCCGAGGAGCCACGGAAACCCGGUCCAGGCUGCGGACCCGAUGGCCCGCCUGGAGUGCUCAUGCUGCACCGGCGCAAGGGCCCCAAGAAGAAGCUCACUUGGCAGCCAGAAGACAAACUGACACAGGUUCGCUACUUUGAAGUGGACCGCUCGGAGCGUGUAAACGUGACCAAGCAGAGCUUCCUCGAAAUGAAGAACAUGGAGCGGUUCAGCGAGCGCGAUGCACUGACUAUUGCGCGGCGCGGAUUCGACGACUCCAUGCAGCCCCAGAUGGAGUGGCGACCGCUCAUCGAGGUGGCCAACGUUCCGGAUCACCCCAACGGAAAUCUCUCCAAGCAGCGGCAGGUGCAGGCGGAGCGAGAGGCCACAACGCUGCGGGCCCUAUACUUUUCUUCUGAUAUGAUUCCCGAUAGCCCCGCAGAGGCGGAGCUGGAACCGCAUUUCGCCCAUGACAUUCCUGUGAUUCCUAUGGACGACCUCACCGGAAACCCCGAUGCCGUCAAUGACUACAGCUUGUUGCCAUGGCCGGAGCCCAAGGGAUAUGCUCCCAGUACUGAGAAUCCAGUAAACAAUCCCGGACCCAGCAUGGCGUUUAAUGAUAACAUAAACAUGAUGCCCGGCAUGGGUGCGGUGCCCAAUCAAAUGACCAAUCCCUUUGACCCCUUCAUGAUCCAUCGGCCUGCGCCGACGGGCAUUCCGGCUCCCAACAUGAUGCCCAACCAGGUGCCCAACGGACCACCCCAGAUCUGGCAGAAUCCAAUGGGGCCUGGAGGGCCAUCUGGCCCGCCAAUGAUGAACGGGCCCGGUCCGGGAAUGGACAUGAACAACAUGAACAUGAACAUGAAUAUGAAUAAUAUGAACAACAUGAACAUGAACAAUAUGAAUAAUAUGAACAUGCCGCCACAGAAUUUCAUGGGCAACCAGUUCGGCAGUCCCGUGCCGCCGUUUGGAGGCGGGCCACCUGGCUUCAACCAAGGAUUCCCGCCAAUGAUGAUGAACGGACCCAAUGGCCCAAUGGGACCUAAUGGUCCUGGACCGGGGCCGGGACCGGGACCCAUGAUGAACGGUGGGGGUCCCAGGAAUAAUAUCAAUAACAACCGAAACAAGAACAACGGCGGCGGAGGAAACUGGCGCAGCGGAGGAAACAAUUUUCAGGAGAACUCGGGGGGAAACUGGCGCUCAGCGGGAUCUGGCCCCAACCGAGGAGGCGGUGGCAACACGGGCGUCUGCAAGCAGUUCAUGCGCGGCCACUGCAACAUGGGCAAGAACUGCAAGUACGUGCAUCCGCAGAAGAAGCGCAUGUAGAAUUCGGCCGAAUCUUCUGCGGAAGAUUCAACUGUAUAGAUCUCAGACGAUCGCUCAAACCCCCAAAAUGCCUAGGAGCUGCGAUUCCCGUCCUGGGUACAGGAGUCCAGAUCCCGCCACAAGACUGUUGCUAGCUGUUAGCCGCGUUAGUUCGUAUGAAUGUAUAUAUGUAUCGGAUAAGUGUGUAGAUUCGGGCUUUUUCCACUGAGUUGUUAAGUUGCUUAGUCUAAGGUUACUAUAAUUUAGACUCUAUAUUCAGGACAAGAUUGCUUUGCUGUGUACUUAUAAAGGGUCCAUUCACUAUUCGCUAUUAUUGGUUAUUCAUAAAAUGAAUUUUACUAUGUGAGCUUGGAGAGACCGAAACUUAAAUGCCAUACCAAUUUUUUGUUGUUUAUAUUUUGAAAAUGAACUCGACGGUUUAUUGCAUUUGUUUUGUAUUCAUAGACUUAAGCGAAACAUUAAAAACCAAACAUUACACAAAUCUGCUAUAAUUUGAAAAGUAUCUAUUCAAAACUACAAAAUAUUUAACAAAGAACUGGUGCAUAUAUGUAUGAGGCCAUAUAUGUAUUUAUGUUCGAGGAGUCCUUUAGUGGGUCGCUCACUUAUUGAAUAUUAUUUUGGAUAUUGUGAACAAUUUACAUAUUCAUACAUAUAUGAGGCAUUCAAGUAUUCCCGAAAAGACCCGACAAAAGCGAAGCCUACCAAGUUAGGAAAUAUGUCAUUAUUGUAAAUAAAGAUUUUAAAAAGAUUUAGUUUAGUUUAUGUUAUUAAUUAUAUAAUAAACUAUUUUCUACUGCAAAUUAA